AUGGCAGCGUCCGAGGCAUCCAGAUUCGGCCAGGAGAGCGGUUACUCCACGCCUGUUCCAAACGCAUGGAAUAUACCCUCCAAUGCGUUUCCAGCUCGGUCGAACAUACAGCUAGGCCCGUCGUACCCCAACACCCUGGCAUUAUGGCAUAAUCCGCACCGCCUUCACACUUCAGAGUCCCACGAUUUUCGCAUGCAGUCGCAAAUCCCGCAGAGACCACCGGAGCAGAAACGGCACAAAAGGACCAAAAGCGGCUGUUUCACCUGUCGUGCGCGGCGGGUAAAGUGUGACGAGACUCGUCCCAUCUGCGAGCGUUGCAGUAAAGGGAAGAGAGAAUGCACAUACCCACCCUCGCCGAUGCUCAGGAAAGACAGUCGAUCAAACAUGAAGAUGAAUGAGAAAUAUCCUCCGAUCCGAGAAUCCGAAUCAGAAGAGAACAGUCAGAAUAGCGAGCGGAAGCUAGAUCUACAGCCACGACAUAUGAAGGACGCUUCAAGGCAUAAUGCUCAGUCUGUUGCACGGAGGAAAAUGCGGCAGUCGCCUGAAACCAAAUGUGCAUCUCCCUCAAGCGACAUGACUGACCUUUCGACGAAAUCACCUAGCCCAGUAGCAUCGGCUGAUCCGGAUUCCCACUCACUACCAUCUCCGACGCUAUCUGAUCAGGGCUUGACAUCGGACGUUAUGUUUUUUGUUGCUUAUCGCAAACAGAAUAUAAACUAUCAUCACUAUAUUCUAAAAUCCCACGCAUCCAAGUUCAUAAACGAAGACAUGAUGAGCUAUGCUUUGGGUUAUGAACCUUUAUUAUACGCCGUUGUCGCUUUCUCCGCAUAUCACUACUCCAUCGCGCAUCCUAAUGGGAAAAUCUAUACUUUCCUUCAAUAUUACAACAAGUCGGUAUCAUUACUUUUGAACUCGCUUCGGGGAGGCGAGAAUCAUCAUGAUGCUAUGCUUUUAACUAUACUGCAAUUGGCUGCAUUUGAGGAGUUUGUUGGGGACUGGGUGAACCUAAUUGAUCACCAUCAAGCGGCGCACCGUAUGCUUGUGGAGCUUUAUAGCCCCGAGAGCAUCAAUGUUGAUUAUUUCCAUCGUCAUAUCCUGCUUUGGUAUAACCGCUACGAUGUCAUGGCUGGUUUAAUGUCGGGAAACUCAAUGGUUCUAAGCCGUGAAUGGUAUAUUGCGGAUGAAGAAUUUUCGAUGCAAGACUCAUUCGAUCAUCCGCAUGACUUGAACAAGAAGGUUAUGGCAUGGGGUGCGCGAACUCGGCGGUUUGCGAUGGAUAUGGCAUCUUUAUUUGCAAAGAUGUCACACGGGCUCAUUACCCUUGAACAAUUCAAGGCAGAGAAGGAAAUCGUGGAUAAUACCUGGAGCGAACUGCAUCAGUUUGUGGAAACCAUGAAAGACCCCAGAUACUUGGUGCUUUCCUAUCCACACCAACAGCCCCUUGAGCCGGACGCAGUUUUUGACCCUUAUGCGCCUGGGGUUAUCUACGGUGAUGAACUGUGGGAAGUCAAUUUUUGCUUCAUGGAGCUAAUAACAGCUACCCUUCUAUAUAAAUAUCAAACAGCUCCGAUAUUGCAGAAUUUGGAUCUCUCCGAGCUGAAAACCAUGGCUAUGGAACAGGCCCAACGAAUCGAAACACUGAGCCGCUGGCCGAACCGUCCUGAGGAAAUGCAUCUCUGGUUCAUGUCCCCCUUGGGGAUGGCUGUGCUUUUCCUACCUCACGAUGAAAAGUACAAUAUGUGGUGUCGAAAGAAGAUGGCCCGCAACGAACAACUAGGAUACAUAUACCCGCCAAUGGUUCGCACGAAAUUGGCUGACCUUUGGAAGACCCCGGAACUUGAACACUGGUGGCUCCCGAAUGAUGAAGGCUACCCCAAGAUUGUCCGUGAAAUUCGAGCCUGGACAAAAGAACGUGUCAACGACCCUAGGGACACUUUCCGUGAGGCUGUUCGUGACAUCAAAGCUGUGUUUGGAAAUAUGAGCUUGGAGGACAGCAGCAGCCCAGCAAGCACCCCGAGCGUUCACAGUUCGGCGUAUCUGGAACUCUCGCCGGGGCGGUCGCCGAAAGAGCAAACUGCCCAACCGAGAUAG